AUGAGAAAAUUCUCCAUUUGUUUUGUGAGAGGAGAUGCUAGGUCCGUAUACGAUUCCGACAAACCCGUCAACGCAAACUCGAAGGCCGAGCAACUCGCCACCGCCACCAGGGACAUCCCUACGGAGGGAGAUGCCUUCCACCGCACCACCUUCGGCGCCAAGGCUGAUAAUGUUGAAGUCGGCAUGAAGGCCGGCCGCAGAGGCCCUUACCUUCUCAGCGAUCCUAUCAUGCGCGAUAAGGUCUCGCACUUUGACCACGAGAGAAUCCCAGAGCGUGUCGUUCAUGCCCGCGGUGACGCUGCACAUGGAUUCUUCAAAUUGCACACCAGCUUGGAAGAUGUUACGCACGCUAAGGUCCUUAAUGACACAGAAAGUGAAACUCCUAUGUUCGUGCGCUUUUCAACCGUUCUCGGAAGCUCCGGUGCAGCUGAGACAGCAAGGGAAGUAAGAGGUUUCGCGAGCCGCUUUUACACAGAAGAAGGAAAUUGGGAUGUUGUACAAGAUGGUAUGAAGUUUCCUGACCUAAUCCACGCUGCUAAACCUGAACCUCGUACUGGCAUUCCGCAAGCACAGACGGCACAUGACAACUUUUGGGACUUUAUUUCCCUCAGCGAAGAGUCUACUCACAUGGCUUCCUGGGCGUUAUCCGAUGCGACGAUUCCCCGCUCUUACCGUAUGAUUCAAGGAUUUGGUGUAAACACCUUUGUCUUUGUCAAUAAGGAAGGCAAGCGCACUUUCGUAAAGUUCCACUGGAAGCCUCAUCUUGGACACCACUCAUUGUGCUGGGAUGAGGCUCUCAAGCUCGGCGGCCAGGACCCUGAUUUCCUCCGCCGCGAUCUCUAUAUGUUCAUUGACGCGGGCAUCUACCCCAAGUACGAGUUUGGUGUACAGCUCGUUCCUGAGGAGGACGAAGACAAAUUCUCAUUUGACUUGCUUGACUGCACAAAAAUAAUCCCUGAAGAGGAAGUGCCAAUUAAAUGGGUAGGAACAAUGACGUUGAACAGAACAGUCACAGAUCAGUUUGCGGAGAACGAACAAGUGGCUUUCUGUACCAACAACAUUGUACCAGGCAUCGAUUACUCGGAUGACCCAAUGCUUCAAGUCCGUAACUUCAGUUACUUCGACACACAGAUUUCUAGACUUGGUGGCAUUAACUUUUCCCAAAUACCGAUCAAUCAGCCAAUUCCUCAGGCGUGUCCAUUUAUGAACACUCUCAGAGACGGUUCAUCAAGCAAAGUUAUCCCUAGUGGACCAAACUACUAUCCUAACAGAUUCAACAACAACCCUGGUCCGGCAUCUGUUGCUCAGGGUGGUCUCCACCAUCCACCAUACAAGGUUGGAGGUGUACGUGAGAGAAAUCUGGGCCCUAAGUUCUUCGAAUAUUAUGAUCAAGCCACUCUCCACUACAAUUCAUUAUCUGACGUCGAAAAGAACAACUACGUUAACACGGCAGCUUUCGAAAUUGGUAGAUGUGAUGACAGAGGUGUUCAAGAGCGUAUGAUGGAGCGUUUCAAGCACAUUGAUUAUGACCUCGCCAAGAGUAUCGCCAGCAACUUCGGCAUUGACGUCGGUCAGCCAGUAAAGAAGAACCAUGGCAGAAAGACUGACGGCUCCAAUCCAAUCAGUAUGCUCUCCAAGAACAACACAUUCAAGGCUGAGGGAAGAUUGAUUGCGAUGAUUGCACCAGAUGGCUUCGACUAUCAACAAGCAGUCGCUGUUCAGAAAGCCUUUUCUUCUUUAGGUAAUAUUGUAGCAGUGAUCGGAACAAGAAAGGGACCAACUUAUGGCAAGAACGGCGAGCAGCUCGACACUCAAUUCACAUUUGAGUUAGCCAGAUCAACAUACUUCGACAGCUUGAUUUUCUUAGACGGCAACGAUACAUACCAGAAGACUUUGCAAAUGGGCAGACCAAAGCACUGGUGCAUUGAAGCUUAUGCACACUACAAGCCGCUGGCUGUUGUAGGCAGCAGCGCUGAAUGGGCAUCCAAGCUCAUCCCAAUCACGAACAAGAUCGAAGAUAGCAAGAGCUUCUCAGUACAAGAUGGCGUUGUCGUCGCGCCUAACCUCACAAACCAAGACACUGGUUUGCUUGAGAAAUUAACACACGGUGCUUACGACGCCGCCACUUUCGCAGGUGCUUACGCGCAAGCUAUAGCUGGUCACCGUUACUGGCGCAGAGACAACUCUACAUUGGCUUACUAG